CAUAUCACUCCUCAUUCGCUGAUUCCUCCUGAUCACUACCGUCUCUUCUCUAAACCGCGACGCCAUGGCACUUCCAAAUCAGCAGACAGUUGAUUACCCGAGCUUUAAGCUUGUAAUUGUCGGCGAUGGUGGUACCGGCAAAACAACUUUUGUCAAGAGGCACCUUACUGGUGAAUUUGAGAAGAAGUAUGAACCCACUAUUGGUGUGGAGGUUCAUCCAUUGGACUUCUCCACAAACCUUGGGAAAAUUCGGUUUUACUGCUGGGAUACUGCAGGCCAGGAAAAGUUUGGAGGUCUUAGGAAUGGUUAUUACAUCCAUGGACAGUGUGCUAUUAUAAUGUUUGAUGUUACUGCUAGAUUAACGUACAAGAAUGUGCCUACAUGGCACCGUGAUCUAUGCCGGGUGUGUGAGAAUAUUCCUAUUGUCCUCUGUGGAAACAAGGUUGAUGUCAAGAACAUGCAAGUGAAGGCAAAGCAGGUUACUUUCCACAGGAAGAAGAAUUUGCAGUACUAUGAAAUCCUAUGUAGCACGGAAACUCUUAGGAAGGAGUACGUUUCCGUUUCGGAAACUCUACGGAAACUCUUGGAAACUCUCCAAACAAGCCUUUUUUGGGCAACAUUUGACGUUUCCCGUUUCCCGUUUCCUCAUGACUUUCACGUUUCCGUGCAACAUAGAUGAAAUCUAUGCAAAGAUUAAUUAUAACUUUGAGAAGCCUUUCCUCUAUCUUGCUAGGAAACUUGCUGGGGAACCAAACCUGCAAUUUGUUGAAGUUGUUGCCCUUGCUCCACCGGAAGUCCAGAUUGAUAUGGAGGCUCAAAAAAGGCAAGAGGAAGAACUUCUAAAUGCUGCAGCACAGCCAUUCCCUGAUGAUGAUGAUGAUGAUGCCUUUGAGUGAUUUGCUUUCAUCCAAUGAGUCGUUUCUGUGGGGUUGGUGUAGCAAGCUCCGGUAAAAGUACUUUUGGUGAGGAAUACGGAUGAUGUGUGAUGAGGUUUCAAACUGGUUUUGGCUCAUUUAAUCUGGUUAUA